AUGGCUGCUACACAAGAGCUCAGAGAGCAACCAUCUUUCCACAAAAUGUCGCCUUCGCCUUCUGCAUCCCCGACUCCGGCCAUCAGAGCGUUGCCGGAGCUCUCGCGCAGUGUUUCUACAGGCUCCGAGCCAUCUCUCUAUUCUAGCACCAUGGGAAGGGAGUCUUUGGGCAGUGAUACCUCUGCCGAGACCUCGGCCUCGCGGUCUUCGUCUGCGAGUUAUUCUUCUAAUCGACUGUCCUCUUUUGGUGGGCCCGACAAGCCCAAACGACGUGGCUAUGUAAGGCCUCAAGGAACGAAUUUCGCUGCCUCAGCACAAUCGAGAGAGAGCGUUUUGAGCCUGGGAAGCAUAGCACACCUACAAUACUAUUUCGCACGAACGGGCCUGUUGGAUGGGAAAGGCGGACGGCUGGCGAAGAGGAAGGAGAAUCAGCGUGGCACUUUGGACUUGUCGGCUCUGGAUACAUCGUUCCUCACCCCCAAAUUUACGGGGUCAGAUAUUGAUUCAUCGUAUGCGUCGAUGGGAGGCAGCCCGGAACUUCAAGCACAGCUGGGAGGGAUGCUGGUAGAAAGCCCGACCCAGGAAGAUGAAUACUAUAGUGAAGAGGAGGAGGAGGAGGAGGAAGACCCAGAUCACCCACACAUGCUCCCUCCGACAGCCAGUACCUACAUACAUCGAGUGAAGCCAAUACCACGUCCGCCUACCCUAGAAGAGCUCAAAGACGAUCUCCAGAAGUCUCUCAACGACGCGGUCAAGUUACUUGAUGACGUGAAGCAGAAUCCCACCUCCGCACCACCCUCGCCGCAGGGAUCGAAGGAGCACCCUUCAGCUCCGGUGGUAGACGAAGAUCGGGGCUGGCACGAGCUGCAAGGCAUGCAUAUAUUGGAUAUCAUGACCCUUGCCAUCCGCGCCGCCAAGAUGUACUACACAGCACAUAAUCAACCCGCAAGACUUGCAGCAAUCAAGUCCGAGCGCAAGAUACGGACAGAACUACUUUCCGUCAUGGACGUGCUAAAGCGGAUGGCAACGAGGAAUUUCGCAGCCGGAAUGCGCUCGGAAGAACGGGUCACGAUGGAGAAUUGGGUAGCAAGCGUCUACGAUAUGCUAAGCCAGGAGGAAGCCAUGGAGGAAGCAGAGCGGAAACAACGAGCAAGCUGGACCUGGCUCGAUGACUCUUGGGACGGAUCUAUCGUAGACAGGGAGUACGCAUUCAUCAAGUCCAUGGAUACCAACCCUGAAACUCUCCCACUGUUCAAAUCCAUCGACGAAGUUGGCGAUGACAGCAUACCUACAGAUUUCUUGGAUGAUAUGAGGACGGGAUUGAGAUUGGUCAAAUUGCAUAAUGCGGUUGUGAGGAAAAGUAAGAGACCCUUUGGGGCGAUCGAUAAAUGGCAUACGGAUUUCGCGAAGCCGUAUCGCUGCGCGGAGAACUUGCGCUAUUGGAUUAAAGCUGCCGAACUGCGCUGGGAAGUCAUUCUCAAGGUCGAUGUGAUGGGAGUUGUUGGCGGUACCGACAGAGCUGCGUUGAAAGGCUUCGAGGACGCGAUUUGGAAGUGGUGUGGCAAAGUCAGGGAGGAAAUCAGUGCGGAAUUGAAGGCCUAA